AUGUACGCACGUCUAGCUAAGACUGUGAGGGAUGCGUUGCUCAUUGCAUUUCUAGGUUUACUUGUUGAACAGGGCUAUAACAGAUUGAUCAGGCUACGCACACCACGGAAAUGCCUAGACGUUCAGUUCGGAAUGGCACUGAUUCAGAUCGUGAAUGUGGAUGAGAAAAAUCAAAUAUUGAAGACGAAUAUUUGGGAAAGAUACAUAUGGCACGAUUACCAACUCACAUGGGAUCCAGCCGACUAUGAGGGCGUUAACUCACUUCGAGUCUCCCCUGACAAAGUUUGGCUUCCAGAUAUCGUGCUUUUCAAUAACGCUGAUGGAAACUACGAGGUCAGUUAUAAAUGCAAUGUAGUACUUUAUCCUGACGGAACCGUGCUAUGGGUGCCACCGGCCAUAUUUCAGAGUUCCUGUACCAUCAACGUCGAAUAUUUCCCAUUUGAUAUGCAGAGAUGUGAGAUGAAAUUUGGAUCAUGGACGUUCAACAAAGAUCAGGUGAAACUGUCGUUUUACGAAGGCAAGGACACCGUUGAUUUAAAUGACUACCAGGAGAGCGGCACGUGGGAUAUUAUAGAGUUGCCGGGUUGUAUUGACAAUCUGCACUCGAAAUCAGCGACGAUGACAUUCCAUAUCAGCAUCAGACGACGAACUCUGUUCUACACAAUCAACUUGGUGGUGCCAUGCCUUCUUCUGUCCUUCCUGAGCGUGCUUGUGUUCUACCUGCCAGUGGACUGCGGCGAAAAAAUGACGCUUGCCAUCUCGCUGUUGCUAGCGCUUGUGGUGUUUCUACUUCUCGUGUCAAAGAUAUUGCCAUCCACGUCGCUUACGAUUCCUCUCGUCGCCAAGUACUUGCUAUUUACGUUUCUCAUGAACAUCAUCACCAUUUUAGUAACAGUGAUCAUCAUCAAUUGGAAUUUUAGAGCACCUACCACACACAGCAUGCCGAAAUGGGCGAAGACAGUAUUCGUAAAAACACUACCGGUAUUUCUGUGCAUCCGACGCCCAAACCGAGAACCGGCAGUUAGUGAACCGGCGUUCACUAUCACGUACUUUACCCAGCCUAACACUGGUAAUCUACUAGAUUUUCACUAUCUGCAUCAUCCGAAGUGUAAACACGUCCGCGAAGAAGAAGAUAAAAUAAUGACGUCUGGUAAGAAAGGAAUCAUGGUGACAAAGGAAGGUCGCAAGACCAUGUCGGCAAUUGACUACAUCGCUGAACGCUUACGAGCAGAGGACAUCGUACAGGAGAUAAAGGACGACUGGCAAUACAUAGCCAUGGUCAUUGACAGACUUCUACUCUAUGUUUUCUUCGCUGUCACAGCUUCAGGAACGACAUCCAUCAUUUUGAAAGCUCCUGACAUAUUUGCUGAGACGAUUGGACAUACCGAUUACUGCUAAACUAUAUAUCACUGCUAAUGUGUGUGUGUGUGUGUGUGUGUGUGGGAGGUGGGGUGGGGGGGGGCAAGGUCCGUUUGUAUAUAUGCUGUGGUCGGAAGAGAAAAAUUACAAACUACAACUUGCGUAUUAAUUAUUUUCUUAGUCAGAUGACGAUUCUGUUAUUUAUAAUACUGACCUUGAAUUAUUUAUUAGGCUGUUCUACUGUUCGUCUCGUUUCCAUAAACGUAAUAGUAGCUGUAAUGUAAUAAUUUCAGUAAAUGACAGUAAUAAUGGUAUCGCGUAUUCGUAUGUAAUGUUAUUAGAUAGCGUUUUAUUUUACUCAUACUAUGGUUGUCGUGUAAAACUAUAUAUA